AUGGAACUACCACAGAAUUCUCAAGCUCGACAUAUCAAACAAGGCUUUGUGCCUCCUUUUAAAGCAACACGUCGAACUGUCCAAAUACCACCUCCAUCCCCGCCAAUGUUAGACGACAUACAGUCACAAAUGUCCCAAAACGAUCUCUCUUCCACACAACUUUUCCGUUCAAACGCCGACUAUUUCAACAACAGGAGAUUUAAAACUUCGUCCCACCCUGUUGACUCAUCAUCGUUUGUUACACAAGCAUCAACUCCAAACAGCUUUGCUAGCCAAUGGAACCAGAAAGAAAGCGAGUGGUUUGUAAGCAGCUCGCAGCGCACCCAAUCCAGGUAUUUACAACCAUCGUUGUUAUACGAUGAAGAAGAAGCUGAUUAUGCGCAUGAAGUAGUGGCACAAGAUUCACCAGAGCUCUUUACUCAACACAGUGACUUUCAUUUACGUGGUGCUCCGUUCAAUGCGUCUGAACUGGACAUGGAAGAUUCAGAAGGUUUUGCUUUUCAAGAUGAUGUCCCUGAAAAAGAAAAUAAUCAAAGCUUUUAUUUGGCCUCAGUCCCACGGCAUAACUUUGACACUCCAGCUCAACUUUUUAUACCAGACUAUGGAGAUCAACCUGAGAACCCGAAUGCAGGGAUAGGGCUUCGCUCUGUCAAUGAGAUACCCAACCCAUUUCGUUCAGUAUUUAGCAAAUUUCCCUACUUUAACAUCGUGCAGUCAAAAGUAUUUGACGAGGUGAUGUACACCGAUAGACCACUUGUGGUGUGCGCUCCAACAGGUUCUGGAAAAACAGUAAUUUUUGAGCUUGCUGUUAUUCGUCUUCUUAUGAACUGUGAGGGAGGACUAAGUACAGCUAAAGUAGUUUAUAUGGCCCCUAUGAAGGCAUUAUGCAGUGAACGUUUCACUGACUGGUCGACUAAAUUUGGACCGUUUGGCUUAAGAUGCAAAGAAGUAACAGGCGAUAGUGAGUUGGAUGACCUUUAUGAACUGCAGAGCGUCCAUGUGAUAAUGACCACUCCUGAAAAAUGGGACAGCAUGACAAGAAAGUGGAGAGACAACAGAUCCCUCGUGCAGUCAGUCAAGCUUUUUCUCAUUGAUGAGGUUCAUCUUAUUAACGAUGACGCAAGAGGAGCCACUGUUGAAGCUGUCAUCAGCCGUAUGAAGACCGUUCAAUCCACUAUGACCCGCUGCAGCACUUCAGGAAAUACCAGCAGUCUUGGUAGAGCGGGCAUGCGACUUUUGGCCAUCUCAGCUACCAUACCAAACGUGGAAGAUAUUUCAGCCUGGCUUGGAGGUAUUGACUCUCCUGCAUCUCACUACAGUAUGGACGAUUCACACCGACCAGUGAAACUACGUAAAGUUGUUCUUGGUUUUCCUAAGGGGAAUAAUUUCUCUGACUUCCGAUUUGACUUGUCUCUGAAUUAUAAGUUGAGUGGCAUCAUUCAAACUUACUCAGAUCGGAAACCUACUCUUGUGUUUUGUUCAACACGCAAGAGUACUCAGCAAGCAGCACAGACGCUUAUGAAAGACGCACGCUUUAUCAUGAACUCAGAGCACAGACAAAGGCUUCAGAGGAUUGCUAACUCUCUUCAUGAUUCUAAACUGAGAGAGUUAGUGAUGUGUGGGAUUGGGUACCACCAUGCAGGACUCGAUCCCACGGAUCGAAGGAACAUUGAAACAAUGUUCAUCAAAGGCGACUUGCCUGUACUUUUUGCAACUAGUACUCUGGCUGUAGGAGUAAAUCUUCCCGCUCAUCUGGUCAUCAUCAAGUCAACAUCUCACUACGUCAUGGGCGUGUUUCAAGAGUACUCAGAAACACAAAUACUUCAGAUGAUUGGAAGGGCAGGAAGACCACAGUUUGAUUCCUUCGCCACUGCAGUCAUUUUGACAACAAUUGCAAACAAGGAAAAGUAUACCGGCCUUCUUGAAGGCACUCAGAAAUUGGAGAGCAGUUUGCACCAUCACCUAAUCGAGCACUUGAACGCAGAAAUAGUCCUUAACACUAUCACAGACGUUUCUAUUGCCAUAGAGUGGUUGAAGUCCACCUUCUUGUAUAUAAGAAUAUUAAAGAAUCCCACACACUACGGGAUACCUGAGGGACUUGAGAAAGAGGGUUUGGAACAAAAGUUACAAGAUUUUUGUUUGAAGAGCCUCAACACACUGGAAAAGGCUGGGCUCAUAAAAAUGGACGACGGUUUUGAUCUCAAGCCCACAGAGCCAGGUCGCCUGAUGGCCAGAUACUGCAUUGCUUACGACUCCAUGAAACAGUUUCUUAACAUCAAAGGAACGGAAAGUCUUAGUGAUAUGGUUGAUCUGGUGUCCAAGUGCAGAGAAUUUUCCGAUGUCAAGCUACGAAUGAACGAAAAACGAGUACUAAAUACUCUAAACAAGGACAAAAACAGCGAAAAUGUAAGGUUUCCAAUCAGUGGAAGAAUCAAGUCAACGGAACAAAAAGUUAAUUGCCUUAUACAAGCCACGCUUGGUUCACUUCCAAUAGCGGAAUUCUCCCUAAGCCAAGAUGUUGCGAAAAUCUUUCGAGCCGGACAAAGAAUUACUCGCUGUUUGACUGAGCUACAAAUGUUGAAUAAUAAUUUUAUGUCACUUCAGAAUUCAGUCAUUCUCGCGAAGUGUAUGAGAGCCAGAUUAUGGGAGAAUUCCAAGUUUGUCUCAAGGCAACUAGAGAAAGUUGGACCUUCUUUGUCGGCUAUGAUGGUCAACGCUGGGUUGACAACCCUCAAGAAAAUUGAGGAAACAAAUCCGAGAGAAAUAGAAAUGAUCGUUAAUCGUCAUCCACCUUUCGGAAGUCAGAUUCGGGAAGCAGCUUCAACUUUACCAAAAUAUGAGGUUUCUGUUCAGCAGACAGGGAAACAUCAGCCAAAUCGUUCCGAGAUUGUAAUUACAGUUACCAUGAUGAACUACAUCAAGCGAAAAGAUGCGAUUGGGUCAGCAAGGAACAGCCACUUCUGCCUUCUGGUGAUCGCUGAUAAUGAAAACAACGUGGUGUUCAAACAGAAAUUAGGAGAUUUUGUGUUUUUGAAAGAGGGAUACUGGAGUAAGAGAGUUGACGUACAGCGAACGGCUGCUCAGUCUUCAGAUUUGAACAUACACCUUAUCAGUCAAGAAUACGUUGGUGUGGACGUGAGUAAACGGUUCUCCCCUCAAUACAGUGUUGGGCAGCCGUAUCUUAUCACGAAGAAUGAACCACAGGCAUGUGCUCCCAAACUUGUGAAGAGCAAUGCCUCUAAUUCAGAGUCGAAUAGAAGCACCAGCACAUCCAAGGCCGGAACGCCAAAGGUCGCUUGUAGUCAUCGUUGCCUCAACAAGGAAGUAUGUGGCCAUGAAUGCUGCAAACAAGGCGUCAGCUCUAAGACAAGGAGAAGGAAGUCACAGGUGGAACAGAAUAAAGAACCAAAUUGUUCACCAUUGAUGAGUACACCAACUAUAGAUAAUCAAAGAAAAAUUACCGAGGUGGAUGAACACGGAAAUAUGAAUUCCUUCCUGAAAAACCUUCACAUAAGAGCGCAAGCCAUUCCUGGCACGCCAGCCAAACGCUUAAAGCCAUCGGCGCCGGAGACCGUUGGAGCCAGCUAUGUGGAUUUAACACUGGACAAAAGAUUUGGUUAUACGCGCAGGAUCCCUUUUCACAUCUGUGAAGAGAGAAGCGAGGAGACUGUGGUUGGUGAGAAAGAACAUACGGGAAGCCUUUGUUGGGAAGAAGUUGACUGGCAUUUAAGAAAAAGAGAAGAACAAAGGGAUACCAGUAAAGAUGAAGAUCAGUUUGAUGAUGAGCUGCCUUGCUUUAGCUUGAAUGAGCUAUGGAAUGACGAUGAAUUAGCCUUGACUUUAAAUGUUGAAAGCGAUCCUCACACCAGCCCACAGGAGCUGCACUUGCGGCAAAAGAGGAACAAGUCUUUGCACCCUCUUUUCUUCGACGUGGCUGCUCCAGAAAACCGCCAGAAGAUAUCAGUUGUCGAAAGGCCGAUGCCAAGAAGCUCUCGAUUCAAAGCAGAAUCUAACGCGAGAGUAAACUCAUGUGCUCCCUUAUUUCUAGGCAGCAGUCAAUCUAAUAGGCACUUGAGGAGAAUUCCCCUGCCUGUACUACCACCCCCACCCACCCCUGAAGCAGAGGAUUUUGAUCUAACAGGUUACUCCGGGUCCGCAAGGGGUACAUGUAGCAGUUAUUGGAAUAAAGGGCAACUAAAUCUCACUAGCACAGGAAGAAUGAAACAGUGUUCUAGGCUGAGAUCGCCAUCGGAGGACCCCUAUGAUGUUCUAGAGGCAGAAGAUUGGAAUAUCCUGCCUGUUGUUUCUAAGCCUGAAGGAGAGACCAACGCUUUAAGCUCGAAGAAGAAGACAGAGAAUGAAACUAAUCUUUUAGGCUCUCAGAGUUCAACCACGUUGGAUACACCAUCAAUGCAAGGAAGCAGUUGUUUACAGAAAGAGAACGUGAUAGCAGUCGAAGAUGAGUGCACACAGCGAUGUCAGCAAAGUCCCUGUUCUGCCUCCUUCUUCUGUUCUAAGUCUUCUGAGAGCUGUGAACAAGACUUCGAAGAGAAAGACGCAUUUGCAGGGAUUUUCAAUGGAUUGUUAUAGACUGAAAAUGGAAAAUAAGACGGGGGAAGAAAAGGGUUCGUGUGAACUCUACUAUCAAGACAAUGAGAAAGUAUUGCGAACAUUUUGUCAACAAAUAACCACAUUUCAAAGUUAUCUCGAAAUUUUGAGUUGGACCGUGAUAAAACAGUUAAAUUGGAUUUUUCAGUUUGAUGUCAGUUUGUAUUCUUUCGCAGACAUCUACUAAUUUAGCUUGAUUAGAUUGUAACCGGUUAUCUUUCGUAUUUUAUUACUUUCACCAAAUGUGUCUUAUGCACCAUAACAGCAACAAAUCCUACGAGGUCUAACACGGUCCACCUGCAGCCUUGACAGUCACGCCACUCGAGGAAAUAAAUAUUUAUUACUUUGUCUCUUCAUAUGGGUUUCAAGGGGCUGUAGCAUCACUGUGUUAUCCACUCUUGUGCUGGAAAUAACUCAUUAUCUACCUCUUCACCGGGUAACAGGGAUUAACGAGUGCAAACCUUGAGUAGCUGUUAACAUGCGUAAAGCCCGCUUCUUAAUCGGUUGCAAAGGAGCUCUCACGUUCUGGAGAAAUUGUAACUACGCAAGAAAAACUCGGGAGCCCUCCCAGCCCGCGCUGAAAAAAUGGAAAGCAAUCAACUUAAAGAGCGAAUGAACCAACCUAGCAAGUGUUGAAACAAAUUAUAGGUUUCACGUGUUACAGGUGCAAAUAUGCCAAAAUAGGAAUUUUCAAGGACACCAGAGAGCGACUAACACACAUUCAAUGACGACCGAAGUGAAAUUCUGCAACAGAGCAUGUUAUAUAUGUUUUGUAUGCAAGUAAGACUAACGUAUCUAUGACCAAUGCGUAAUUCGCUAUCUUAUCGUUAAAUAUUAGCACCUUCUUUAAAAGGACUGGAAUUCUCUUAAAUAUCCAUUAAAUUAGAGCCUUACACUUUAUAUACACUUUAUAAAGAUUUAGUAACCAGGGAACGGAACCGUUCUACACCUUUAAAAAUAUACUCAUCUUACAAUGAAUUUGAAUAUUUUACAGUUCCCAUUGAUGCAAGAUGGUAAUUAUUCUACCCUUAGCUACGGUAACUCAAAGUCUAUAAAUAUAAUUUGACGCCAGACAAUUACA